AUGCGUCGAUUUCUACAUGUCUUCAGUGCCCAUCAUUCUAGAUGUGUUUCUUAUGCUGCAAGCAUAUUUAAUUACAAGGCAAUAUCGGAUGAAUUGAUUCCUUUUCCUUCUCACAAACUGGAAAAUGAUGAGAUGGAGAAUACUCAAACACUCAUUGAACAGAUUCGCAGCAACGAUAAGGAGUUAAGUACUGCAGGUGCUCGGAUAGCUGUUGAAUAUGGGGGGCUUGGACUUGGACACACAGCUCACGCUUUGGUUUGCGAGGAAUUAGGGACAUGUGGGAAUAGGAAGCUUUUAUCAGCUAUCCAACAUUGUACUAUGGCUUCGUACUUGCUUUCUACAUUUAGCUCGUCCAAAUUAAAAGGAAAAUAUCUCACAUCUAUGUCUGAUGGAACUGCUAUGAUGGGUUGGGCUGUUAAGGAGGAAUUUGGUACCGAUUUAAGUAUGAACACUACCACAGCCACCUUUGAAAAGGGCGUAUAUCGAAUUAAGGGUGAAAAGAUAUGUCACUAUGGAGAGAACGCGACUCAUUUUCUAGUCAUGGCGAAGACUAUGACGCAGGUUUCUACAGAGGGUGGCCCAAAGGAAUUAUCUCGGAAUUCUUUUUUUGUAGUCAAGAACAAUAAUAAUCAUGAGUAUGUCCGGAUGAAUAAAAACCAUGUAACAUUUGACAGCGCUCCUGCUGAGGAUGUCAUUGGCGUGGUGGGUGAAGCCUUCAGGAAUUCAAUGAUUACCCUUUUCACAGAAGAGUACGCGUAUGCUGCCGCUUUGUUAGGUACUCUAAAACGAGUUGUGCAAGAGCUACGGUCCAUGGUACCAGAUCGCUGGGCAACAACAACCGUUGCUUCUUGUGCAUGCUCUAUUUACGCUAUGGAGUCAGCUCUGUAUGCUCUUACUGCCUGUUUAGACAUACAGACAGAGGAUAGUUUGCUGGAGGCAGCACUUGUGAAUGCAUUUGUGCAGACAACAACAAACGAAUGGCUGACACUUCUUUCAACUGCAACUCCCACGACAGAAGCCCUGGAGAAAUGCUUCGUAUGCGCCAGAACUCUUUUAGAGAUGAUGGAGUCUAGUGAUUUUCUUUAUUCCACAGCGGUGUGCUAUGGUGUUGAAGACUUUGGAUUAAAUUUUCAGCGUACAACAACCUUGCAACUAAUGCAGGCACGUCUGUUACGCACUUUUAACUUAUAUGAACGUCUUCCUCUCAAAGAAAUUGAUUGUACACCAAUCGAGAAAGCCAUUGUGAAUUUUGGAAACGCCGUAGAAAGUGCUUUUGUUCGUAACACCACUCGACUUUCGUACCAGCAAUUGCUUAUUAAUCGUCUAGGAGAGGCAGCGGGGCUUAUUUAUAUUGCUACAGCUGUCGCUUCACGUGCUUCCAUGAGCAUCAAUAAGCGCAUCAAAACAGCUCAUACAGAAAAACAGCUCGCAGAAGCGUUCAUUAUUUCUGCAAUGGAGCGUGUGAAUAUCCUUUCCAGCGAGUGCUGUAACACAGGGCUUACAGCGGAUGAUUCGUACAUGCGCAUCGCAUUAGAAUUGUGCGAAGACGCACUUCAAUAA